UUUCGGACUGUAACAGUUUCUCCGGUAGUCACUGCUGUCGCAGUUACUAAGAGAAAACGUUAAGGAUAUCUGUUCACUGGAAUUCUUUGUAAUUAGGAGAAGAAUGGCCUGCCUGAAGCAUGUUUUUAUUUUAGCCGCUAUGCGCUGGUUUGUGGUGUGUGAGACAGAAGCUACUCAAAGUCGAAAAAUGUUUUGCACAUUUAAGGAGAAGACGUACAGCCCAGGAGACAGCUGGCAUCCUUAUCUAGAGCCGUUUGGGUUCAUGUUCUGCAUGCGCUGUGCUUGUACUGAAUCUGGCCAUGUCAAGUGUAACCCCAUCAAAUGCCCAAUUCUACGCUGUGACAAUCCAGUAACUGACUCACGGCACUGCUGCCCGCGCUGUGCAGAUGAGCAGAGGUCCCCGGCAGGUUUGAGGGCUCCUGUUAAAACCUGUCGCUACAAUGGAACCACAUACAAAUUUGGCGAGACGUUCACUAAUCACGAUCUGUUCCCAUCCCGGCAGUCCAACCAGUGUGUCAUGUGCACAUGCUCUGGUGGAAAUAUCUUUUGUGCACUGAAAACCUGUCAGCCCAUCACAUGCUCUUCACCCAUGUCUGUUCCAGAUACAUGCUGCUUUGUUUGCAAAGAGGGUCCACCUGACAAUUCAAAUGAUGAUGGAGGAUAUCAGCUGAACCGAGGAGUAAGGCAUUCUGUGGACCAGUGCCCUGGAGAACAGAUGAAGAACCAGGCAACACGUGUAACACCAGCUGCAAUUAGAGGUUCACCAAGAGGCCUUAACAUACAAACACUGCACCUUAAAGGAGCAGCUGAUACCACAGUGAAGAUCCUCUUACAGAGACAACACCAAAGAGCUUGCACGUACAGUGGGAAGACCUACUCCCAUGGUGAUGUGUGGCACCCCAUGCUGGGGAAAGUUCUGGAGUGCAUCCUGUGCACCUGUAGAGAUGGCCUUCAGGAGUGCCGACGCCUAACCUGCCCCGACCAGUACCCAUGCAAACACCCCAUGAAGAUAGAAGGGAAAUGCUGUAAAAUUUGCCCAGAAAGUAAGAAUGAGAACAAUAGGACAGAUUGUUAUCCAGGACAGGACAAUAACAAUCUUCUGGUGUAUAAAGUUGAAUCUUCAUCUGCUGCACGUGAGGAAGAUACGGUGCGAAAAAUUGCCAUUGAGAGACAAGGAGCCACAGAGGUUGAGGUGCAAGUAUGGAAAACAGUAAACGGGGUACUACAUCUGAUGGAAACUGGUGAUGUUCAAAAAAAGGACCUUAUAGAACAUCCAGAGAAUUAUAUUCUUCUCACUAUGUUAGAUGAGGAUGCUUGGAGAAAGUUUAAAGAGGAAGAAGACAAAGAGAAAGACUUCAGUAGAAACAGGACAUGUGAAGUUGGCAUUAAGGAGGUAGUGAAGUACUUAAAUCCAGAUCAGCUGGACAUUCUUUGCACGUCUUAGUCCUCCAAGUGUCCUCUCUGGUCUGGAACAAUGUAUCAGCUCAGCAUCCAACACCUCUUUUAUUACCAAAACACAAAACAGAACACAAACAAUGUGUUUUAGUGGAAAAGCAAAUACCGGCAGAAGAACUCUGCUGUCCCACGUGAGAUGUAGCUUUUGUAGAAGCCUUGAACUGGAUUGAAGCUAUUGGUGUGCUCAAAAUACAGAAGGGAAAGUGAACACAAGAUAUGUCUCAGUUCUGACACAAGAAAGGGAAAUAUAGUAAUAUUACUUUUUAUUAAGGAAAAUCAUGUGGGUGUGAUUGCUGAACAAAGCAAUCACUAUAUUUGUACAGUAAUUCAUGUGAGAUAAGAAUGUAAGCAGAUUAUUGGCCGGGAUGCUUUUAUAAAGUUGAUAAAGGCCACAUUUUUAUCACUGUCAUCAAUUAUACACCCAUUAAAUAAUUUUAAUACUAAAAAGAAUGUUAAUAUUUAUUGGAAUUAAAAAGAGAUGGAAUGGAAACACGCAUUAAUGAAUGGUCAAUGAAAAAUUUUGUCUGUAUGCACAGAACAGUUUAUACCAUGGUAGUGAAAUUAAAUGUGAGAACUUCUGACCUGAGGCAAGUGUUCUUACAUAAGCUGUUCUGGCUGGACAAUGAACCAUUGAAGGCACUUUAGGAUUUUUAGGAUUUGUGGCUCUUACUUGCUCUCCUCUAAAAUUUUGGCAUGCGCUACAGUGUUAUAGUUUGUUUUCUCAAGGGUUGUGGUAGUCUAACAGCAUGAGUGCAACAAGAGAGCUCUGUUAAUUUGAUAUAAAUGUAGGUCAGAAUUUUCCAAGAAAACCGAACAGGACAGGCCUUGUUAGGAAAAACAAUCCUUAUUUUAACUGCAAUCACUAAUAUAUCUAGUAUUUGUAAAGUUUACCAACUGAUCAGGCUUUCGGCCACCUGCUAUGGCACAUCACUGUACAGUUCAAUUUUCAUGGCAGAGGCAACUGACAUGAUUUCAAUAACAAAUUCACAAAGGAUUGUUAGUUUAAUGGAGAUGUCCUUCUGCAGCCAAGCCGGAGGUUUGGUGAGGACGUGGACUGUCAGCUGCUUGUCAACAGCCUUGUUCGGGUCACCAGGUGGAGGAUAAUCCAUGCUUGUUCACAGUGAACUGGGCCUGGCCACGGACCCAGACUGGAGAAGUUCAAAGAGUAAUAUCCACUUUCCCUUUUCUCUGAACCCCAAAAGCCCACUUUCCCUCCCUCCUCAAGCACAAUGAGUCAUUGUCCUGGACUCACACAUAGUGCCAGACAGUGCUGCUCAUCUCUCACUGAAGGCCUGACAAAAUAUUUUGCAACAGAAGCCCCUCAGUUGAAGACCUUAAUAGUCACACAAUGAAGCUGUGAAUUAUUUUUGCUGGCUGUUGGAUCUGGCACUUUCUGGCAAUUUGUUCUCUCCUGAGUGGCUCAGAGGCAGACUCUGUGCUCCAAGGGUGGCUGGUAUAAAUAGGCUCUAAAAAAUUUUAAAAAGGAAUUUAAGGUUUUACUUUUGCCACCAACAGCAGAAGACUUGCUGUUAACAAAUAUAUUAAAGUGGAUUAUUUUGGACUUGAACACAACAGUAGAAGUUGUGAGAUGGUAUGAAAAAACAAGGCUGCAGCUGAUCCUGUUCUAGACCAAAUUGUAGAAUCAUGCAGUUUUUAAAUGAUGGUCAUGUCAAUCACCUGAUUCGAGUGUAAUGAACAUGAACAAACUUAUUUAUUCUAUUAUCCCUUUUUCACCCAAAAUACCUUGGAGGAGAAGCAAAAAAAUUAUUUAAAAAAUAGAGAGACUAAGCACACAUUACACAAAGCAGUAUAGAUUACACAAAAGAAAAUACUAUACGAAAAAACAUAAGUAGAAUUUUUUUAGUUUCAACAUACUUUUCUGUUUUCCCUGCUUGGUAUUCAGAGGAAACAUGCCAUGAAACCAGUAUAGACAUUUAACAAUUUAAAAAUUUUAAAUCACAGUUGCAGCUGUCUAAUCUGCUUUUGUGUGUGUGUGUGUGUGUGUGUGUGUGUGUGUGUGUGUGUGUGUGUGUGUGUGUGUGUGUGUGUGUGUGUGUGUGUGUGUGUGUGUGUGUGUGUGUGCCAUAGCGCAUCUCAUAAAUCUUAUUAUGCAAUCAAUGAGAUCUUGUGAUUUAAUUCAUUGCUCAACUUUAAUGCGUUUGCUUUUCAAGCUACUAAUACAUAUUAGAUUUUAACCUAUUGUACUCUUCUCAGUGUGUUUAUUAUCAGAGUGUUUGUUUAAUUCAUACGUUGAUAAAAUAUUUAAGAAUGAAAAGUGUAUACCAUAAUGCCUGAGAAGGAAUCCAAUAUGUUUUUAUACCUGAGUUAUAUUUAGUUCGAUGAGUUUGGAACGUUCUGCAACAUUUCCCACAGAGUUCAACACUUGUUGCUGGAGCACAAACUUGAUUUUAAGCAUUGCCAUCUUUGGCAUCUUUAUGGUCCUUUCAUUGUUGGAUGGAGGUUGGUUUUGAAUUCCCUCUAAAUAGCAUUUGGCCAAUUCUGCUAUGCAUGCUUAGUCUUGGCUCUGGCAAUUUGAACAGCUGGGGGCAGUCAGUGGGCAUAAAUCAAGCAGAAGGGUCAGUUCUCUGUGUGAGUGUUCCUGCUCAUGCUUACUACCAGAGAUACAGUCAUGUUAAUACUUUAAAUUUACAGGGAGAAUGUUUUUUUUUUUUGGUUGCAUGUUAGUGUGGAAAAUGUGUUCUGGGUUAAAUGGAAUUGUUCAUUAAACCUCACACAGAGGAGACAAAAAAGUAUUGAAAAAUAUUUGUUCAACAAUAUUUACAGUCCUGCAGCAUAUAGGCUCAACACAGUCUCUAAAUCAAUAUACAACCUGUUUAUUGUGUCUUCAUGCCAUAAAAAUGAAGGAUUUCAUUCAACAACUGCAGACCUAACAAUAUUGUUAUCUCUGUUGUUAAAAAGAGGAAACUAAAGGCUAAAAAAAAAAAAAACAAUAUAUGGGAUAUUCAUCUUCAGUUACUGUGCUUCAUCUUGAUCAGGGUCACACUGAGGGCUAUCCCAGAGGUGGAAGUACAAACUAGACAGGAUGCCAGUCCUGCAAAUAACAUCAUAAACACACACAUUCACACCUAGGGGCAAUUGAGUAUAACCAGUCCAACUACUGGCAUGUUUUUUAUGAGUAGGAAACCCAUAUAGACAGUAACCUAAGCUCCGGACAGAACAAGGGACGUGGUUCGGUGACACAGAAACGCUCCCAACUGCACCACCGUACUGUCUAAUUAUGCCCUGAUUAGAUACAGUAUAAGACCUUUUGAAAAUGAUUCAAGUGUAAAUUCUAAACAUGUGGGAUUUAAACACACAUUUUCAUAUGUACUGGAUUCCUCCAUUAUCCUGCAUGUGUUUUUAUUUUGUCAUGUGAUUGUUGUAGUUUUUUUUUGUUGUUUUUUUUUUUUGUAUUUGAAUUUUUUGUAUGUUCAUGCAUUUAUUUAAUCAAUCAGACAUGUGGCAGCAAGGUAUAGCAUAAAGUCAUGCAGAUACAGGUCAAGAGCUUCAGGUAAAGUUCAUAUCAAACUUUAGAAUGGGGGAAAAGUGUAAUCUAUGAGACUUUGAUCGUGGCAUGGUUGUUGGUACCAGAUGGCCUGCAAAUUUCCUUGGAUUUUCAAAUACAGCAAUCGCUGAAUUUAUUACCGAAUGGUGAUAAAAAAACAUGAGUGAGCGACAGUAAUGUGUUUGGAAAUGCCUUGUUGAUAAGAGGUCAGAGGAAAAUGGUCAGAUUGGUUAAAGCUGCUAAGAAGGUUAUAUAAUAGUAACUCAUAAUCACAGAAAAGCAUCUCAACAUACACAAAAGUGCAGGAGCUACAACAGCAGUAGACCAGAUAGGGUUCCACUCCUGUCAAAUAAGAACAGGAAUCUGAGGCUAUUAUGGGCACAGACCUAUUAAAACAUUCCAGUCUUCAACUGUACAGUUUCAGUGAGCCUGUUUCCAUCUGAAUGUUUGAUGUAUUGUUUGUUUUAAGAUGCUUUUCUGCACACUAUGGUUGUAACGAGCUAUUUUAUCUUAUCUGUAGUUUAUCUGAGCUAUUGUAGACUUCAAUAAACAAGGUGUUUUGCCCUGCAGAUCCUCUGCACACAUUUCUUUUGCACUAUUCCGCUAGAGAAUGUCGUGUGUGAAAAUCCCAGAUCAACAUUUUAUGAAAUACUUAAGCCAGAUCAUCUGGAACAAACAACAAUGCCACCAUGUCACAAAAAUCACAAAGAUUUUUCUUCGUAUUGAUGUUUGAUGUGAACAUUACCCAAAGCCAUUGACCUGAUAUUCGGGCUUUUAUUCAUUGGUUUAUGCCACAUGAUCAGCUGAUUAGAUACCUGCAUAAAUGAGCAGGUGUUCCUAAUAAAGUGCAUG